GUAAAAAAAAUAUCGUCGCUCCUGGCUAUAGCCUUACUACAGGUUAAACUCAGAUUAGCAAAGUACCAUUUUCCCGAGAAAAUUUUUGACCUUUUCUUUCCCGGAAAAUCUUUCGAUCUAAGGUUUACAUUCGAUGGCUAUUGGGAGGAGUUGUUCUCUGCAAAUCCUAAUAUUGAACUUAAUCGCUUCAAACUUGUACCAAUCAUGUGAGUCCUUCUUAACUCCUCCAAGCUCCAUUAUCAAUCCUUCUAAAGUCAAACAAGUUUCCUGGAAACCUAGGGCUUUCGUCUAUGAAGGCUUCUUAACGGACCUCGAAUGCGAUCAUUUGAUCUCUCUAGCGAAAUCGGAGCUAAAGAGAUCUGCAGUUGCUGAUAAUGUUAGUGGACAGAGCAAGCUUAGCGAAGUCCGUACGAGCUCAGGGAUGUUCAUUCCUAAGGGAAAGGAUCCUAUUGUUGCUGGUAUAGAGGACAAGAUUUCAACAUGGACCUUUCUGCCUAAAGAAAAUGGGGAAGACAUACAAGUUUUGAGAUACGAGCAUGGGCAAAAAUAUGAUCCACACUAUGAUUAUUUUACUGACAAGGUGAAUAUCGCUAGAGGUGGACAUCGCAUUGCAACUGUACUGAUGUAUCUUACAAAUGUGACCAAAGGUGGUGAAACUGUAUUCCCUCAAGCCGAGGAACCUUCACGUCGUAGAACUCCUCCAAAAGAUGAUCUAUCGGAAUGUGCAAAGAAGGGAAUUGCUGUGAAACCACGAAGAGGUGAUGCACUUCUCUUCUUCAGUCUCUUCCCAACUGCUAUUCCUGACCAGAACAGUCUCCAUGCUGGGUGCCCGGUGAUUGAAGGUGAGAAAUGGUCCGCCACAAAAUGGAUUCAUGUUGAUUCAUUCGAAAAGAAUUUAGACAUCGGUGGUAACUGCACGGAUUUGAACGAGAGCUGUGAGAGAUGGGCUGCUCUUGGUGAGUGUACCAAGAACCGAGAAUAUAUGAUCGGAACUGCAGAACUUCCUGGCUAUUGUAGGAGAAGCUGCAAAGUAUGUUGAAGGUAAACUACAAGCUUCAAUGAUAGUAUAUCUGCUGCUGCAUUUUCUGUUGUAAGUUUUUUAUUGCUUUUUUUUUUUGGAUUCAAAUUUACAUUCUUAUGCUACAGUUUUCACAAACAUAGUUGAAAUCCAUGUAUUCUAAACCUUACUUUCAGCUUGGUUAACAUAUCCCCCCAGAAGCUUCAGAUUUGUCAUAGUCUUUUAUAUUGCUAGCGUUUCACUUUCAGCUGAAAUCUGAAAAUAAUUUUUUCCA